AUUCUUGUUUGUAAUGGUGACAAUAGUUUUUAAAUGAAGUUUGUACCGUUCCACGUUGCUCGAAACACGGAUACAACAUUUCAUUGAAGUGCAUAUAGAUAUUUCGUAGACCAUCCAGUCUGAGCACAUUGUCAACUGAAGUAGUCAGAAGAUAUGGAUGAAUUACAAAAUCAAAAUAAUCAUGAACUGAUCCAUUGUAGAUAUGACAAUAGUAACAAUAACAACAGAUUAACGGAAUAUCUUAAUUUGGAUAACCGUACAGAAGAUCCACUCAGGGAACCAGAAGUAACCAUGAAUUUAAAUGAAGGCUCUGCACAAUUACCAGUACAUCCAUUAGAGGAACCAGAAGAAGAUUUAUUUGAUUAUGAAGCUGAUAUUUCAUUGCAAGAUGUAAAUACAGAAUCUGAGGAGCAAGUGGUACCAUCCAGUCAACUAAGUAAUAGUUAUAAAUAUCCUGAAGAACUUACCAUUUCUGAUGAUGAGGUAGAUGAGGGCAUAUUUGAAGAUGAACCAGCAUCUAAUUUAGUAUUACCAGAUGAUAAUAACAGAUAUAAUUCACAACCACCGUGA